AUGUACGAUAGAUUGAUGGUGGAGCUGCGUAACGAAGAUCCACGUGCCUUCCAGAACUUUAUGAGAAUGCCCCCAUACAUGUUUGACGAACUGGUGAACCGGCUCACUCCUCGACUGCUCAAGACACAGACCAACUUCAGAGCGAACUUAGAGCCUGGACUCAAAGUGGCCAUAACCCUACGCCAUCUUGCCUCUGGUUCAAAAUACAGGGACAUGCAGUACGGUUGGAGGGUCCCUCACAACACAAUCAGCAAAGUUGUCAGAGAAGUAUGUACAGCCAUAUCAGAAGAGUACCUUGAUGAACAGAUGACUUGCCCUACCAACGAUGAAGAAUGGCGUGAAAUUGCCAAUGACUGGUUGCAGAGGUGGAACUUUCCUCACACAAUCGGCGCGAUUGAUGGCAAGCAUGUGGCAUGCAAAGCUCCCCAAAAUAUUACAACUACAAGGGCUUUUUCAGUAUCAUUUUAG